AUGGCUGAGGGGGGAAGACCUGGCUCAGGACCCAGUUUUAGGUCCAAUCAUAGGAAGAUACUAAACCUGCUCCUGGAGAGAGAGACUUCCUUUUCCAUGAGUUCUGAUCGCCCUGGAACUCCACUGAAGAAGAAACUUUUUGGCGAUUCUGCAAACCUCAGCAUUUUAUCCGGAGGAACCCCAAAACGUUGCCUUGAUCUUUCGAAUCUUAGCAGCGGGGAGAUGUCUGCCACUCAGUUUACCACUUCUGCAGACCUCGAUGAAACUGGUCACUUGGAUUCCACAGGAUCUGAAGAAAUACAGUUAGCUGGAAUGAGUUAUCACCAACACCUUUUAAAAUGCAGCCCAGCACAGCUGCUUUGUAGCACUCCAAAUGCCUUGGACCAUGGCCGCAGGAAGAAAGAUGCAAUAUGUAGCUCAUCCGAAAAUAAAGAAAAUGAAAACAACACUUCAAAGCCCUUGGAAUGGUGGGCACACAGGAACCUGCUGUUUCAGAAGAGACCAGGACCUUACAUGUCUCCUCUUUCUCUAUUGGACAAUGGAAACUUGGUGGAAGGUGAAAUGAAACAUCUGGGCAGUCCCAUUACUGCAGUUUCAAAAUUAGAUAAAAAUCCAGAGCGAGGAGAAGACCAAGCAGAGGAGAUUUCGGAUGAAUUGAUGGAGUUUUCUCUGGAAGAUCAGGAAGAGGCCAAGGUAUCUCUGAACACAAGCUGCCUGUAUCGCUCCUUUUCAUUGCCAGACAGUUUGAACAGUCCAGGACUGAAGCAGGUGGUAAAAUUCAAGGACCACACGCUUCCAGAUAAAGUAAAAAAGAAGUAUUGUUCUAGCCAUGAAGAGCUCAGGAAGGGCUUAGGUGUAAAGAAAAUGGUCUCUCUCUGCAACAUUAAUAUGAUUCAGAUGCUGGAGGAAGAUUCUAAUCAGGGGCCUCUGAUUGGCGAUUUCUCCAAGGUAUGUGCACUGCCAACCGUGUCAGGGAGACACCAAGAUCUGAAGUACGUCAACCCAGAAACAGUGGCUGCCUUGCUAUCGGGGAAGUUCCAGGGUCUGAUUGAGAAGUUUUAUAUUAUCGAUUGCCGCUAUCCAUAUGAGUACCUGGGAGGACACAUCCAGGGAGCCUUAAACUUAUACAGUCAAGAAGAACUAUGUAACUUCUUUCUGAAGAAACCCAUUAUCCCUUUGGAUACUCAGAAAAGAAUAAUCGUCGUGUUCCACUGUGAAUUCUCCUCAGAGAGGGGUCCCCGAAUGUGCCGCUCUCUGAGAGAAGAAGACAGGGCUCUGAACCAGUAUCCUGCACUGUACUACCCAGAGCUAUAUAUCCUCAAAGGGGGCUACAGAGACUUCUUUCCAGAAUAUAUGGAGCUGUGUGAACCACAGAGCUACUGCCCUAUGCAUCACCAGGACCAUAAGGCUGAACUGCUGAGGUGUCGAAGCCAGAACAAAGCAUGGGAAGGGGAGCGGCAGCUGCAGGAACAGAUUGCCUUACUCGUGAAGGAUGUGAGCCCUUAA